UUGAUGUGCCAAUAUGUAGCUGGAAGCAGAACAGGCAAAAGAGAAGCAGAGCUGGUGAGCAAUAUUUUGAGGAAUUUCGUUCUCGUUUUUGGGAGAGACCAGAAACACCAUUUGACUUAGCGCAUAGUGCAAACACAUCUACCAGAAGACGACACCGUAACCGUACUCCACCACCAACUUAUGAUGGAGUGUCAUCAAUUCCAAGCAUGAAUCGCCGUGAAUUUACUGCCGGUCAAAGAGAUCGAUCCGCAUCACCCACCAGAAGAGUUCCUAGCAGAAGGGAUGAGAAUACUAAUCGAGAUAAUGUAAAUAAUUUAGGUGGCGAUUUAGGCAAUAAUGUGGGUGAAAAUUCAGGUCAUAACGUAGAUGAUACAGGUGGAGAUUUGGGUGGAAAUUUAGAUGAUACAACAUACGAAUUUUCAUCUGAUUUGACAAGUAUUACCUCAGCCUUUAAUAUAUCUGCAUCACAAAAUGACAGUGAUUUUAGUAUGGCCGAUGCAGGAGGAGAUAGUCAAUUGUUGGAAUCUAUAAAUGAGGAGGGGAGUUAG